GUGAUUGAGGCUCUUCGCGUAGAAAGAGCGGGGAGGGCUGUCUUCCAAUUGGGAAUUUUGAAUAUGUGAGUGCAACAUCUCAGUUGCCGAAACCGAAGUUGAUUUUUUCAAUAAUAUGCACAGGUGAACGUCAAAGAAGUGCAUACGGUCGAGUUAUUGUGGCCACAUGGCUGGCCUGCUGUGUAGCUGCCAUGUCCGAAACUGUGGCUUCAGCCCGGGUUCCCGACACAAAAGAUGAUGAACGAUUGGCAGCAUGCUUUAACUGCAAACGUUCAAAGCUAAAGUGCGUGAGAACAAACGGAUCUGCGACAUGUACUCGAUGCAAACAGCGACGCAUAGAUUGCGCAGCUCCAGCGUAUCAUGUAGGUCGGCACAAAGGUGUUAAAAACAAACAUACUGGCCUUGAGAAGGCGGUACAUCAAAUUGAGCAAGCAUUGAAGAGGACAAGCUCUGUUGGGGAACAGAUCGCAAAUCAAGAUCAGGCCAACGAAUUGCGCUACCUUCUGGAGCGGAGCCGUGAGCUUUUGGGAAAUCGUAAUGCCCUCGAUGAAUACGCGGCAGGGAAGUCCGAUGACCAGGAUCAGAGGUCAUCACCAAACCGAACAUCAGUGUCGGUAGACACACCUCCACAAGCACUUGGAAGGGAUGAUGCAUCACUGCAGCGAGGAGACGGCGAUCAGCUCAGCUUAGACGACGCAGAAAACCCGUUGCAAUUGCUGGCGCGAACUUCCGAACUCCUUUCAGCUAUCAAUCCCCGUGCUUCCAACGGUCCACCUGGCUACACUGGCCACAAAAUAGGUCAUCGAAGUGACUUCGAUCUUCAAAGAUUCUUUGGGCCAUAUCAGCCACGGUUGGACAUUGGGGAGGACCUUGAUCCCAUUGAACUUGGCUUAGUCACUCUUGCCGAAGCUGAAGCACUCUUUUCAUAUUUUUACGAUAAACUUGCUCACACGAGAUGGGGUAUCGACCCAGUGAUACAUACGGUCAAUUUCGUUCGUAGUCGUUCAGCAUUUUUGCUCACCUCUAUCGCCGCUGCUUCAGCACUUUUCUCCCCAUCACUAGAAUCUCUAUAUAAGCGGUUAUCAAAUCAUCGGCAAAAGCUCGCGAGUAUUAUAAUGUCAAAGCGCUACAAAUCUGUCGAAAUUGUCCUGGCUUUCAUGGUCAACAUACCCUGGGUCUCAGCUGGAGAGCAUUGGGCGGACGACGAAACCUCAACUUGGUUGUCUAUGGCUCUCACCAUCGCGUUAGAUCUGUCACUUAACAAAAUCAUCUUGCCAGCCUCAUUUGAACCACAAACACCAAGGGACGGAGUUGCUACCGCCGACUGCCUAGAUGCAAGAAAAGCCUUGUCACUUGAUGGCUUUAGCGACCUCGAUCCUAUGUCUUUGAGUGCGAGACGACUCCUGAGGCGGAGAGAGCGGACAUGGUUAUCACUUUUCGUCUUGGAAAGAGGUGUAUGUUUAGCGAGAGGCAGAGAUUAUGCUUUACCCAUGUCUCCACUAAUUGAGAGCUGUGAUCAAUGGCACUUGUCUGAAUUAGCAGAUAGAUGGGAUGGUUCAAUAGUGUCGGUCGCAGUGCUACGAAGAGAUCUGGCCAAUCUGAUCAAUCGAGUACGGGGUAUCUGCGAUGGUUACGUAGACAACAAUGAUAGCGAAACCGCUGUCGUCGACAAGUUGAAAGAGGAAAUUAACAUGUUCUUUGACCGGUGGUAUCAAACUUGGCCGCUGCAGAUUGGUGACCGGGAGCAACUUGCACUGCCACCUUAUGUUGAAAUUCUUGCUUCACACACUCGGCUCUCCAUGUACAGCAGCGUGAUCAAUCAUCUCACAGCUCCAGUCGCUGCUCGCCAUUUCUUUCGUGCUGCUGGGCUGUCUUCUGCACUGAACGUGCUGCGGGUAGCUGUGCAGGGCGAAAGCCAACUAAAAUCCAUGCCAAACAACACGGCCAUUAUGAUAUCCUGUGCUGCAUGUUUCGCGCUGAGAGUUGGAACAGUGGCCGACGCUCAUGGAUCGAGCUUGGCGCCAAGUAUACGGACACUAAUUGCGGAAACAACCGAUGUCCUGGAACGCAUCGGAUCAACGCCAAUACAACGCAAAGGACUAUCUUGUCUCUUUGCGAGGCAAUUGAGGCAGAUUCUUAAACUAGCUUCUCGGGCUUCUGAAAAUGCUCGGAGUCAUGCCGAGCCUAGUAGAGAGCCUACAACAGCACUGGUGUUUUCUGAGAUGCCUCAGGGUAAUAUUCAUCAUAACAUGUCUGUGGAGAUGGCACCUACAAAUAUGGCUUCGGUACCGGAUUUCCCCUUAUUUUCGACCAUGUCGAAUGUCCAACUGGACGAGGCUAUCAACAAUACAGACGUUGGUCUGGAAUCAAUAUGGGAAGACUUCCAGUUUCAAAAUGCGACAGAUUUGGACUGGAUGGACUGGUCGACCUUCGCUUAAAGAGACACAUUAACUGAGAAAGUAAUCCUGAAAGAAGAGAAUCAUACAUGUCUGGCUUUCGUGUUAGGAACCGCUAGGCGAAUCACUUACAUGGCGCUCGGUGUGCAACAUGGCUGGCGGCAUCGUCAAAAUGUGUGGUAUCACCGUAAUCUGUAUUGAUUAUAAGAUUAUAGCUAGUUGCUUCGUAAUACAUGGCUGU